AUGCAUCUUACAACCAUCCCUAUCCCCUCUGCGUUAUUGCUUGAAGAUUGUGUUAGUUGGCAUGUCGAUGGUGUGGAUUGCAAAGGUUACCCUACCUCUAAAACAUGGGAGGUCAUGCGACCAAGACAAGAUUUCCAGGCCUGGAUUGAUAUGGUAUGGUACAAGGUAUGCAUUCCAUAUGUGGGUGACGAAUCUAGAUCGGCUACCUACCAGACAACGGCUUCAUUCUUGGGGCGUGAUCAAUAG